AUGGGCUAUGGCCCUCGGACGUACGACCUGCAGAAGACCAAGGCACGCAUACCGUACAGCAAGGACCGAUACGUGCUGGGCGCGUUCUCAUGGGCGCGUGUGAUGGAUUCCGAGGCACCAGCACUGGUGUUCGUUGGCUCGUGUGACUCAAUGGCAGGGGCAAACUUCGAGCAUGAGAAGAAGCUAUUCUACAAAAAGUUGAAGCUACCAGCAAAGUCAGAGAAAGCUCGUGUAGGUGCGAACGCGAAGAAAGAGAAGAAGCGGAAACUGAAUGAGAAGCUAGCUGCCGUACGGGCUGCCAAGCACCAAAAGUGA